AUGUACCUCGACCCCACGGUGGAGGUUUCGGCCGUAAAACCCGGGAGCUCAUGUAUGGCCUCGACUAGGCAUUUCUUGCACGAUUUUGUAGAGAGGUCCAAGGUGCAUUGGACCAUGGCGUAUACAGUUGCAUUCUCCCCAGUCGUGAACUUCUGCCCCUUAGCGUAUAGUGUACUCUUCUUUACAGCUUUUGUGGAAAGGUUGCCAAGCAACUCCCGAACCGUCUUAUUGAAUCCGAUGGGGUCGGUCGCGUUGUCCACGUUGUACCACAACGCCGUAUUCUCGUUGUCGAUUUUUCCGAAGAAUUUGUGGUCCGAGAUUGCAACGCUUGUCCACGAAAUCGCUCUGCUGGCAACUGGCAAUCUUGAUCAUGAGAAGAAAAGCCAUGAAAAUUUGGAGGAGGAAUGA